ACCCAAUUUCUAAAGUUUUAGCCCAAUACCUUUAAGCCCAAGUGUUUCAGCCCAAUACCCGUUUAUUUCCCCCUUAGGUUAACCAUCUCAACAAAUUAGGUUUACCUAUUUUCCCUUCCAAUUUUCUCUCUGCAACAAAUCAAACGCCAAAUCCAAUUGUCACAUAACUGGUCUAGAAGUGAUAAAAGAUGCAACACGAUGAGGUCAUAUGGCAAGUUAUCAGACACAAGCAUUGCAGCUUCAUGGCCAAGAUUGAGACUGGGAUAUUUUGUCGAAACCAGUAUAAUGUAACUGGGAUUUGCAACCGUAGCUCAUGUCCUCUGGCUAAUAGCCGGUACGCCACCAUUCGGGAUCAUGAUGGAGUAUUCUAUUUGUACAUGAAAACAAUAGAAAGGGCUCACAUGCCAAACAAACUUUGGGAACGAAUUAAAUUGCCAAGAAAUUACGAAAAGGCUCUUGAAAUCAUUGAUAAAAAUUUGAUGUACUGGCCGAAGUUUCUUGUGCACAAGGCAAAACAGCGAUUAACAAAAAUGACUCAGAUGCGAAUAAGAAUGAGGAAGCUUGCUUUGAAAACAAGGGAGAAGAUAAUGACUACACCAAGGAAAGAAACAAAGAGAGAAUCUCGUCGACAAGAAAAGGCUGAAAAAGCAGCUCUUCUCGAUAAAAGUAUUGAGAAGGAACUUCUAGAACGCCUUUCGAAAGGAGUGUAUGGUGAUAUAUAUAAUUAUCCCGAGCAGAAGUAUCAAGAGAUUCUUGAUAGGGAAGCAAUGCAAGAGGCUAACGAAGAAGAAGAUGAGGAGGAAUAUGAAGUGGAAUAUGUUGAAGGCUAUGAAGAUCUUGAAGAGGAAGAUGAUAUGGAAGAUUUUGAUGGUCUUGGAAUCAGAGACAGUGGCUUGGAUACGGGAAUUGACGGUGAAGACAAUGAUGAUGACGAUGAAGAGGCUGUUACUGUUCAUCGGAAAAGCGGUAGAAAAGAUUCUGCUUUAGCUAGAAGAAAAGCCGACAAAGAUGAUCCAAAUGCCAAAUCAAAGAAAAAAGCUAAGGUGCUCGUGGAGGUUGAGCACGACUAUACAGGUGCAAGACAGACAACAGUACAAUGAGAGCUUCCUUUUUAAGUGGCGCAGCAACAAGAUUCGAUUGGUAACAACUGUGUCGCGAAUAGAUGCUAGUUUGUGUCUCAGAGUAUGCAUCUCGACUUCGCUUGCUAGAACAAAAUGGACAUAUGAGCGAAGGAAGUCUUACUAAAUUUUUGAUCUUGUAAGAGCAAAUUUGGUGGUAAUUGCUUGUGUUCGAGUGGAAAAUAGAGAAAAAAGACGUGUCAAAUCUAUUGAUUUGGCUAGGCCCAUAAUCAACUUGGAUUAUUAUUGUGCUUAUGCUCACUAUUAGUUAAGUCUUUAACUAGUUUUGAUGUUGUAA